UUUCUCCUUGUCUGUCUCCAUCUGAGAAAAAGUCACAUUGGGAGCAGUGAAAUGGUGACGGGCUGAGGAGAUAGCAUAAUGGUUAUGCAAAGGACUAUCUUGCCUGAGGCUCUGAGGAGAUCUGGGUUCAAUCCCUAGCAACAGCUGAGCAGUGUCCCAGUCUCUGUCUUUCUCUCUGUGUCUCUCUCUCUCUCUCUCAUUAAAAUAAAUCUAAACAAAUGAAUUGGUGCUAUAUGAAAUCCUGGUUGGAAGAAAAAAAAAAAAAAAAGGACAUGUCAGAGUCAGGAGGGGCUUCUGCAGUCGCCACAUGCACCGAUGUUCAGGGAGCACGCCUUCCAGCUUUCUCAUUCAUGCCCUGCAGGAAGAUAGAAGGUGCUGAUGGAAUUCCCCAGGCCCAGAGCACGGCUGCCCACACCACCUCCCUCCACUCUGUUGUGGCUGGCUGAGACUAAAAAUGACUUUCACACCUAGACAGAUGACACAAGUGAAUGCGUGGCCUCCGUCCUCACAGGACGUCACAGCCACACAGGCUUAAAUGACGCUUGGCCUGGCUGCCGAGGCGGGGGCAGCAUCAUCCAGCCAUCAACCCUUGCCUGCAGGGGUGGUUCUGAGCCACCCACUGCCCUGGCUCUGUCCAGGGACGCCUGUGGACUCACUGCAGCCCCUGCGCUCAGGACACGGAGCUCUGAAGCUGCAGCUGUCAGGAUCCCCAGCUCCCUGCCAACUGGUACAGUAGUGACGACCACAGGUCCAGUGCGGGCACCUCAGGCACCAUCCGGGUCCCCCUGCAGCAAAGCCCAAGUGGUGGGACGUCUCUUUUCCUUCCAGAAACUCCUCUAGUUUUCAAGAAUGAUCAAGAAAGCAUCCUGCUACAGCCAAAUGUUUGUUCCUUCCUUAAUGAAUCAAGAAGCUCCACAAGAGAACGGAGAAGAGGACAAGGAAGUGGUGGCAGAGAUCAUGGCUCGGUGCUUUGUCCCAACUGUGAUAACAAACAUUUCCUGGGAGGGCUUUCAUUUCGUUGGCCACGAGAUUCGGAUUGCGGAGGCCACGGAUUGUUACGGUGCUGUGGUUUGGCCAUCGGCCCUUGUUCUAUGCUAUUUUCUGGAAACAAAUGUAAAGCAGUACAACAUGGCUGACAAAAAUGUGAUUGAAAUUGGAGCUGGAACAGGGCUAGUCUCCAUUGUAGCAAGCUUACUUGGAGCCCAAGUGACAGCCACCGAUUUGCCCGAAUUACUGGGAAACCUGCAGUACAACAUCUCCCACAACACCAAAGCCAAGAGCAAGCAUCCACCCCAGGUGAAAGAGCUGUCGUGGGGCGUCGGCCUGGACCAGCACUUCCCCAGGGCCACCUGCACCUUCGACUACAUCCUGGCGGCCGACGUGGUGUACGCUCACCCCUUCCUGGACCAGCUCCUGCUCACCUUCCAGCACCUGUGCAAGGAGACCACCGUCAUCCUCUGGGCCAUGAGGUUCCGGCUGGACAAGGAAAACAGGUUCGUGGAGCAGGUGAAGGAACUCUUUGACCUGGAGGAGAUCGCCAGCUUCCCGAGCCUGAACAUUAAGCUGUAUAAAGCCGUGAAGAGAAACCGGGGGAGUGCGUGAGCGCUUGGGAGGGAGGAUGUCUGCACGGGGCUUUGAUGUGGAAGCCAACCCUGGACGAUGUGCUAUAGCUCUGACUUGCUCAUGGACACACACACACACACACACAGACACACAGACAGACACACACACACACACACACACACACACACACACACACACACACCUUUCCUGGCUGACAUGAUAUAGCCCUGACUUUCUCAUAGACAGACAGACAGACAGACAGACAGACAGACAGACAGACACACUUCUUGGGUGUUGUGAUAUAGCACAGACACACAUAACAUACAAACACUAUCACACCACACCA